AACAGUGCGCAUGCUGGCCCAAAACAAUUGAGAAAGAGCAGGUGAAUCCAGAACGGGAGCGCCUCCGAUCCUCCCCUCUUCAUCGCUCCGCUCCCCCAGCAUACCCCUCGUCCUGCUCCCGUUCAUACCUCUCCUAAUCUGAGCGAUCAGCCACACACCCCAGAUCUCGGCCGCGCGGAGCCCGUACAGGGCGCACCUCGGGAUCUCAGACCUAUUCUGCAGGAUGGAAGAGGAGAUAGACACCCCUAGAGAUACGUGCUCAAAGCCAUGUGGGCCUUUGGAGGAGUACCGCAUUCCAGAUUACAUCUUGAGACCAGAUGCCCAACAAGUAAUUGUUGAUCAUGCUCCACAGUGUCCUGUAAUAGUGUUCAUCAAUUCUAAAUCUGGCGGCCAACUUGGAAGUAGUUUGAUCAAAACAUACCGUGAACUUCUGAACGAAGCCCAGGUUAUUGAUCUCUCAGAAGAGGCUCCGGAUAAGGUUUUGCACCGUUUAUAUGUGAAUGUUGAAAGGCUCAAGAUUGAAGGCGACAUUCUUGCCGUUCAAAUUUGGAGAACCAUGAGAUUAAUUGUUGCAGGUGGCGAUGGUACAGCGAGUUGGCUGCUUGGGGUUGUCAGUGAUCUUAAGCUUUCCCACCCACCUCCAAUUGCCACCGUACCUCUGGGAACUGGAAACAACCUUCCGUUUUCAUUUGGAUGGGGAAAGAAGAAUCCUUCUACAGACCAAGAGGCUGUAAAAUCAUUCCUUGGGCUUGUGAAGCAUGCAAAAGAGAUUAAAAUAGAUAGCUGGCAUCUAAUUUUGAGGAUGCGAGCUCCAAAAGAUGGUCCGUGUGAACCCAUUGCUCCCUUAGAGCUGCCCCAUUCACUUCAUGCGUUCCACCGUGUGCCAAGUGGUGACUCCCACAAUGUGGAAGGUUACCACACAUUCCGCGGAGGAUUUUGGAAUUACUUUAGUAUGGGGAUGGAUGCAGAAGUGUCUUACGCAUUUCAUUCUGAAAGGAAGAGAAAUCCAGAGAAAUUCAAAAAUCAGCUGACAAAUCAGGGCACAUAUGCCAAGCUUGGACUUAAACAAGGAUGGUUUUGCGCUUCUCUAAGUCAUCCAUCUUCAAGGAAUAUUCCUCACUUUGCAAAGGUGAAGGUCAUGAAAAAGCCUGGUGGCCAAUGGGAAGAACUACAAAUUCAUCACAGCAUUCGAUCAAUCGUCUGUGUGAACCUACCUAGUUUUUCUGGAGGUUUGGAUCCAUGGGGCGAACCCGGCACAAGGAGAAUAAAUACGGAGUUCACGCUGCCUUACGUCGAUGAUGGCCUUAUUGAGGUUGUCGGGUUCCGCGAUGCUUGGCACGGGCUGGUUCUGUUGGCUCCUAAUGGGCACGGCCAUCGCCUUGCACAGACCCACAGGAUCCGUUUCGAGUUCCACAAAGGCGUGGUGGACCACACGUUCAUGAGGGUCGAUGGGGAACCGUGGAAGCAGCCCCUCCCAAAGGACGAUGACACUAUUGUCAUUGAGAUCUCACACCAAGGACAGGUGACCAUGCUAGCCAACGAGCCCUGCAAGUCAAAGAGCUUCAGUGACCCAUUGUUGUCACACGGCCAAGAUAGCCACCACAACGACCACAGUGACGAACACAAGAACGACGUGGAUGACGAGGAUGAGUGGGAGGAUGGCAGGAGGAAGUUUGGCGCCGCAGAUACCUUCAAGCUUCCUGAUGAGAUUGACAUUGCUCAUCUCAGCUGAGCUGCAUAUACAUUCUUAUGACAAAGACCAUAUCUUGUCGGUUCACAAUAUUUGUCCAGAAAAGUGAUAUCACUAAAUGCAAAUAACUAGAGUUUAGUGAACCAAGCGCAAAUCAGCUAUUUUUAUUUAUCAAUGCAACUUUGUAUAGAUUCAGACUCUUGAUAGAAACGUGCAAACUUAUUCCUUACAGAAUUGUACUCUGUUUUCUAUAGGUCAGUUGCUUCUUUAUAAAUUUAGAGAGCAGAUGUUGGAGCGA